AGUCGUAGAGCGUCCCCCACUCGGCGCGUCCGAAUUUUCUGCAUUCGGACGGUGUGAGGAGUUUUCGGCGGUCGCAUUCGCGAGCGAGGCUCCUGGCGGUUAGGAGCAACGCGGCCAUACUUGAGACACUGCGCACAGCGCACAACGGCGAUCGGCGCCAGCGCGCGUUGCAAUAUGCGGAAGUGAGCAUGGACAUCUCCAGCACGGUGCUAGUGUUACGACAGUGUAUGCACAUUUAGUGAUACAAACUAUGAUAUUUGUGCAUAGCUCGAUUAGAGCACUUAUGGUUUUGGUUUAAAUAAUCACAAGGACUGUGGAAUUUGUCAUACAUGGAAUCGAGGGCAGGUAUACGAGGCGGCCCGGGCAUGGACUCCCAACAGCAGCAGUACUGCCUGAAAUGGAACAGCUUCGGCUCCAACCUGGCCACCUCGUUCGCGAACCUCUGGAACUCAGAGAGCCUCGCAGACGUGACUCUCUAUUGCGAAGGUCGUCAGUUUAAAGCACAUAAAGUUAUCCUGGCAGCAUGCAGCAAACACUUCCAGGAGUUAUUCGACACUGCACCGCCAAGUCAUGCUGGCGCCUGCUAUGUAUUUCUCGAAGCUACCACCGCAGACAACAUGCAAGCACUCCUCGAGUUCAUGUACAAGGGAGAAGUCCAUGUCAGUCAAGACGCUCUCUCCAGCUUCUUGAAAAGUGGAGAGAACUUACAGGUUAAAGGUUUAUCUAUGGAGAUGUCCCAAGAUGCUUGGGUGAAACAACAAACUCAGCAAUCAUCUGAACGUCAUCAGACUCGCAUCAAGACAAGCCCAGUAUCUGGUUCAGGGAACUGUGACAUUCAGGACGCAGCUCCCCCUCAGACUCACGGAGCUACUUUUGCACCAAUUGGCAUGCCUCAAUAUGGCAUGAAUCUACAUAACAGUAGCGGUAGUAUGAGUCGCUAUGCUCCACCAGCUCACGUGCCCAUACAUUCGUCUACACACCGUAGACCACCGCCACCAAAACCAUCACCGUCUCAAAGUCCACAUGCUAGGAAUUACAGACAGAGUUCAUCAUCUUCUCAUUGCGGCAGUGUCGCUGAUGAGCCCGACACUCGUUCAUCACCAGGCGCUGGCGCUAGAUUUGAAGAGACUCCUCCGGACUGUACUUCUAGUCUUGCUAACCCUGUGAAGAACAACGGAUAUGAACGAGCUGCUUCUGUAAACGAUGAAAUGAUUGAACGCCUCUCAAAUGAUCAAGGAGCUGAAGGAUCGCGUCAUAUUUCAGAUUUGCGGGUUAAAAAUGAAAAUGAUUACCAUGCUAGCAGUUAUAACAAUUCACCACCGCCCGCUAUUCCGAUACCGACCAGCAACUACCACGAGAAGCCACAUGAGACCUCUCCAGUACCACCUAAACCUAGCCCCGACAUAUGGCCCGCGAAACUGAUUACGAGCAAAUCCGGUGGAAUUGCUACUGCUGAUGGUAAAAAAUUAAAGUGUCCAUACUGCGAGCGAUUAUAUGGAUAUGAGACAAAUUUGCGCGCUCACAUCCGACAGCGGCAUCAGGGGAUCCGCGUGCCAUGCCCUCAUUGCACGCGCACAUUUACGCGCAACAACACCGUGCGCCGCCACAUUGCACGGGAGCACCGUCACCAGGUCACUCCUCAUCUACCACAAGGCCCUCUCCCAAAUCACACGCAGUAAAUCUGCCCUUUAUUUUUUUAAAUAUAUCAACCGAUCUACCUCUGCUAUUUCCGACUAGCACGGGCUAUCUACUGAGUUUCUAUUGACUUUCUACAUCAACCUGCAGAUAGUCAAUAGGCGCUUCGUGUAUCUUUAUGAUUGCCUGUGUUGUCACUUUACUCUUGUAACUUUCGUACAAUAUAUUAUUACCUCGUUGAUGCAUAUUAUGUAACAGUGUCUACCUCAAAAUUGAUCUUAAGAAUUUUUUAAGAUUUUGGAAUUUUGCGAUUAUUGUUACUUAAUUUAAUUUUUUUCCGUGUGACUUCGAAUGGUUGCUCAGUGCUCGUCUCUGUUUGGUACCGUGUUUUAAACAUUUUGUACCUUUACUGCACCCUCAACUUUACGUAUCUUAAUUUAACUGUGAGAUAUAGUUACCUUUUGUAGACGAUUUAUUUGAGCUCUCGAUCGAUUAAACAUAGCUUGUAUUGUAUUAACUGAGCUAGGAAAUCUUAGAAUUGAUGUUGAGACUGAUGGUCAUAGGCUUAGUGUAUGUAAAUAAUAGGAGAAUAUUCGCCUUGGCCUAGGUUGAGACACGCGUUUGACGUUGCAUGGUGGCAAAAUUGUUUUGUACAAUUAAUAUUAUUCACUCUUAUUCAAUAUUCACUAUAACAAUAGACUGUUUAACUGGUUUUAGUUAUAUAAUUUGAACACAUCUGUGAUACAAUAGGACAGGCUCUGUAUAUUAUUUUAGUUUUUGCCACUUUGUAAUUUUAAGAACAAAAUACAUGGAAGUUUAAACCGCUAAACAUCGUACGCAGUUUUGUACUGUACAGUGAAAUGUUUUUAUUUUGUACAAAGUACAAUUUGCCCUAGGUACAUAAGUAGGUAGGUAAAACGUGUUAAAAAAAUGCAUGCAAGGUUGGAGGCAUGAAUGUGUUUACAAUUCACUACCGUCGUUUGUUCCAGGCUCGCCAGCGGAAGUUACUAUUGAGACCAAAUUAUUAUAUGUUUUUACGCGAUGGUGUCGAUUUUAACAUUCCGUUUAUUGUGUUUUUCGUCGUAGUGUGUUUAGAUAAAGGCCACUUAUUACUUUUGUAUACCUAGUCAUUUCAAGUGCAACCAGUUGAGAUUUAAAGAAUAAUUAUUUAAUAAAUAUAAGAGAGAGCGAUGAUGUCAUUGUAUUAUAAUUGUUGUGUUAACGUCGUCGUCUCUCAAUACCUUAUUGAAGAAUAUACGUAAUAAUUAGAUUCCGAUAUGCAAUUUUAAGUUGUUCUUUAACUCAAAGCAAAUGGGACAGUGCCAAAUAACCUCAAUGUUAAGUUCACAUCUAUAAUUUAUUUUAUUUUUGUUAAGUGUGAAUGUAGCCACUGUGUGUUUUAUUCCUGAUAUUUAGGAAUGAGUUGCAUUCAUAUUUAUUAUAUUUAUAUUUUAGUGUACAUUAAAUUUUAUUUUUUUAUGAUUAACGCUAUACAAAGGCUCAGUGAUUCUUUUUAUUAAAACGUUAGUUUCUGUAUUAUCAAAGAUAUGUUAUACCUCAUUUUUACUUGAUCGUAUUUAAUUGAUACAAAUGUGCAGUCCUCCUAGUGUCGGUAACGAUAAAACUGUUUAAGAAUUAUUUAAUCUUUAUAGCUAAAUAUAUAUUCACUUAUUCUUAAGCUUGCUAAAAUAUUACAACACAAUAGUUAACAUUCAAAUUUGGUUUUGAACAGUAAGUUGUAACAAUGAUAUAGAGCGAUUUUAACAUAUUUUACUAAAAAAUACUUUUUUCAAUAGGUUUCAUAUUAUGGAAUGUUUAACUUUUGGAAUAUUGUGAAAGAAAAGAUUAUAAAAGUAUAUGAUUGUGGCCUGGAAAUUAUAAUGAUUUUUAAAACUGGUAAUUGCAAUUUCACUUUCGUUUAUGGUGGAGAUUGAUUUUUAUUAUUAUAAAACAGUGAAAAUACCUUAAAGAAGGAACAAAAGGUGUUCAACAGAGAAGGUCAUACAUUAGAACCGUUUGAGGUUUCAAUGUCUUUAAUAUUUUCCACUUAUUGCGUCUGACUGGCUAACCGUCUUGACAAAGUGUUGGUAUUCACACGAGUGGGGUUAUAACGGGAUACGAUUAAAAAUAUUUUGUUGUUUUUUAACGUUUAUUAUAAUUAUUAUUAUGUUACAUAUUUUUGGCAUUCUUAAUUUAGGUACUAUUGUUAGUAAGUGUUUUGCUACUUCAAUUAUAAAUUGUUAAAAUUAUUUUACUAUAUUUGGAAACAUAAGUAGGAAGAUCGACAUUAAGUAGCUAUUCAGUUUUAUUGUUUCUUUUCCAAUGAAUUUAAAAUUCAUAAAUGUGAUUUUUUUUGACAUUUAAUGUUUAUUUGUGAUACAUAGAAGGGAAUAGCAUUAAUGCAUCACGUUUUAAGUUUUUUUUUUUAUGAUUUUGAAGCAAUUAUUUUUUAAUUAAGAGGUAUAAAAGGAUUCUCUGAACAUUUGACACUAAGGGAUCGCCAUUAAGAUAUAUUUUCGGUCUAUAUUCUUAAGGUACAAAUUAAAUAUCACAAUAUUAUAAGUCAAUUUAAAAAUCAUGGCGACAACAAUCUGUCGCAAUUUUGUUCAUAAAACCCAUUUGUUUAAAAUGUUGUGUACUAGCUGUGGAAUAAUUAAAAUCAUGUCUAAAUUAAGUUUGCAUUGUUAAAAUUAAUGUAAAAGGACAAGUUACUCGAAGUCCCUUAUAGAGUUAAUGUUGAAUUGAUGAGAUAAGAUUUCACACUAAGUCGAUGUUUCGCAGUCCCUUGACCUCGGUCGAUCUCUCUCGCUUUUGUCGUCGUAACUCUGUUUAAUGAAUGUGCAAAAUUGUAUAGUUUGAUGAUAUUGAAUAAUUAUGUUCUAUAUCUAAUAUUACGGGAUAAGGGAUUUUUGAAGAUGAACGUUCUGAUAAGAUCGGUUUGAGCAAGUGAAUAGGAAAAAAAAGUGUCGAGAAAGAUGUCGUUUAGUAAUGAUCACUCUCUUAUAGUGAUGUAACGCUUCACACUGCGUUCUAAUUAUUUCGCUGGCUCAAAACUGCAUUUACGACUUCUUAAAUACUUUAUUUUAUUAUUUCUGUUUGGGCUCAUUGUCUUUAAGAUUCUUUUAUAUUUUUAAUAUACUGUAUAAGUUUUCUUUAUGUAAAUAAAUCGCGAUAUGUCGUGAUGGUAAAGCCAAAGAUUGUUACGGGUACGGUGACCCUCUGCCGUCACACGGGCGUCCGCGGCCACCCCACAUUCGAGUUUGAAUAUUUGGAGAUUUCGCUGGACGAGCCUCAUCGGUAUUUCAAAUAAGGUUCGCUCGAAUGUGGAGCACCGCACCGCUCUUUAGUAUGUAAGGUAAUCUACCUCGAGGAAUAUAACUUAGUUAUAAGUAAGUUUUUAAAUAGAUUUUUAUAUGAAGGUAUAAUGUAAUCUAGUUUUUAAGAGAAAAUAAAAAGAUAAAAAAAAUAUAUUAAAGUACAAAUCUACUACCUCAGGAUUCAAGUAUGUCACUCGGAAUUCUAUGACUUUCGUGCAAGUAUUAAAUUAACGUAUAUAUAAUGCAGAUUAUUUAGGUCAUGGAGAUAUUUAUGAUGUUUUGGACUGAACGUUUUGCGGAACAAUUUUAUGUAUUGCGAAUGGGUGUUAUUACAUUUGGAGUUCAGUUGUUUUAAUCAAAACUUUAUUAUGGUACACGUUAAUUGAAUCUCUGCGAGGUAGUUAGUGCUAUCGACUCAGUUAAACGCUCAAGUGAAUAUCGUAUAUGCGAGCUCUAUUCAAGGUUACCUCUAUGCUGAGUUGAUGGAUCUAAUGUAUGUUAAGUAAGUACGUGUUAAUUAGGCUAGUUAUUAAUAAUCUCAUUGAUGUUCUACCUCAUGUUAUAACACAAUAAGCGAGAGAUCGGUCCCGAGUCAUUCAGGGUAAUCUAAUUGUACCUUCUUCACUCUCAGGAGUAUAAAACAUUUUUUUUUUCAUAAUUUUAUUAUUAUUACUUUUUUUCCCCAGUUAUUUCAUGUGUUGCAUAGAUGUUACUAUGUUUUAAGAAGAUGAAAAAUGAGAACUUAUUGUUUGUUAGGUUUCUGCAAAUUAAAAAAUUGUAACAAAAAUA